AUGACGGGAAAAAGUCUUCGCCUUGACCACUCACUCACGUUUCCCAUUAAACCCAACCUCUCUGACUUCUCCCUUCUGCAGGAUUUCCUGUAUGUGACACCAACCACCAUCCAGGCUGCAAGAGCUGGAAAUGCCAUCCAUGCAAUGCUGCUUUACCGUCGGAAACUGGAGAGAGGCCUAAUACCCCCGGUCAUGGCGCUUGGCAUUGUGCCCAUGUGUUCUUAUCAAAUGGAGAGAAUGUUCAACACCACAAGGAUCCCAGGGCUGGUGACAGAUCACCUCCAGCAUCUAGUGGAGAGCCGCCAUGUGUGUGUGUAUCACAAAGGUCGUUAUUUCAGGCUUGGUUUGUAUCAGGAUAGAACUCUUCUCACCCCAAGGCAACUCCAAGUGCAGAUACAGCGCAUACUAGAUGACCCCAGCCCUCCUCUGCCUGGGGAGGAGAAACUUGCAGCACUAACAGCCGGGGAUAGGGUCACUUGGGCUCAAACUCGUUCAGACUUCUUCAGUUACGGGGUGAACCGGUCAUCAUUGAGUUCCGUGGAACGAGGAGUGUUCUUUGUGAGCCUUGACCAGGAGUCUGGGGGGUAUCUGGAGGGGGACAAAGCUUCUCUCAGUGUAUAUGCCAAGUCUCUGCUACAUGGGAACUGCUAUAACAGGUGGUAUGACAAAUCAUUCAGUCUAGUUGUUUUCAGUAAUGGAAAGUUGGGUCUUAACGCUGAACAUUCCUGGGCUGACGCACCAAUCAUUGGCCAUCUGUGGGAGUGCCGGGAAGUUAUUGAGCGUUCCUUCACCACUGCAAAGAUUUUAGCGGAUGAUGUUGAUUUCCAGUGCAUCCGUUUCACAGAUUUUGGAAAAGGUCUAAUAAAAAAAUGCAGGAGCAGCCCUGAUGCAUUCUUCCAGAUAGCACUACAGCUUGCACAUUAUCGGGAAAAAGGCCAUUUCUGCCUAACGUAUGAAGCCUCCAUGACUCGCAUGUUCCGUGAAGGUCGGACAGAGACUGUGAGAGCCUGCACCCGCCAGUCCUGUGACUUUGUCAGAGCCAUGGAGGAUCCUGAGCAAAGUCAUGAGAAGCGCCUGGCACUGUACAGAACGGCAGCCGAGUGCCACCAGCUGAUGUACCGUUUAGCAAUGACGGGACAAGGCAUAGACCGCCACCUCUUCUGCCUGUACCUAAUGUCACAGUACGUGGGGACAGACUCUGCCUUCCUGAAGCAGGUUCUGUCAGAGCCCUGGCGACUUUCCACUUCCCAAACGCCGCAGCAGCAACAGAAGUUAUUUGAUUUGGAGAAGUACCCAGAAUAUGUGUCUGCAGGAGGUGGCUUCGGUCCGGUUGCAGAUGAUGGUUACGGUGUCUCCUACAUCUUUGCUGGAGAAAAUCUCAUCACACUGCACAUUUCAAGCAAGUUCUCCAGCCCUGAAACG